UAUAGUCCAAAUUUAUGUUUUUUAUGCUACAAUUUAUUUUAAACUAAAGAUGAAAGCAUGACGUCAUUUUCACCUCGCGAGAUCAGGAAUCAAGAUGGCAGCCUCUGAAGAAGAAGCAGAGGGGAAAAUGGAUAUUUGUGGUCUAGUUAAUUGGUGGAUAGGUGAAUCGACUACAAGUGUGACUUACCAUUCAACGCUUAAUGUGAUCAUAGUGACAACUAAAGAAUCAGGUGUUAAAGUAAUAGACGUGUCGACGGGCUCAGUUCUUCAAAAGUCGGACUUAUGUGCCUCUCAAACAGACAAUAUCCAAUCUGCAUACCUCUCUGCCAAGGACAAAGUAUUAUUUACGGAUGGACUUUCGGUGGGAGUGAGGAAAGAUCUUAGUGGGAUGCUUCUACUGGACACAUUGUUACAGGCUCCAGUGGCUUCCACAGAUGAUGUAGUCAAAGUUGAGCUGCCAUUGCAAGAGGCAAACCAUCUGUUUCAAGAGUGUCUGAUGAGUGGUGAGCUCCCAGGGGUUGAUGGGUUAGAAGAUGUGAUAAGGGAGCUUGAGAAGGGAAUUGAAAAGGCUCAAGAAUCUGUUAAAGGAAACCACAAGGUUGCUAAAUGGGCCACGGUGUGUAUCAGACUACCCCACCACACCUUAAAGUCUGUCUGCAGUACUCUGAUGACUGAACUGAAGAAAUAUCAACAGAAUGUUAGCAGCUUGCCAGUAGCCUCUGCUGUCACAGAGAGGUUGAAUUCCCUGUAUCCCACAGGUCAGCCAGAGCUUGGGGCAGGUCCCAUUGAUAGGUCGAUGAUGUAUAGUGAAGCUGCAAGACGGGCAUCGUUUACAUCAUGGCCACAUAUGAAUUACAAGUGGGCAUUACCAGAGCCUAUGGCACAGGCAGGUUUUUACCACCAGCCCAAUUCUGUAGGAGAUGACAGAGCAAUGUGUUUUACGUGUAGUGUAUGUUUAGUGUGCUGGGAACCAACAGAUGAACCUUGGUCUGAACAUGAGCGCCACUCUCCUGGGUGUCCAUUUGUGAAGGGACAGUUUACACAGAAUGUGCCACUAAGUGUGACUUAUGCAACAGAGCCAGCACAGGUGCAUGGUAUAUCACAAGAAAAGGUGAAAUGCAUCAGUACAACAUCAUGUGAUAACUUGGUGGCCACUUCCUCCACACACGGUUAUGUCAUAGUCUGGGACAUUGGCUGCCAGAUGAAGAAACAUAUUGAAUUAAACAUUGACCCUGGUGACCCCCUGAUUAAAGUAACCAUGGGAGCCAAUGAAACAAGUGCAAUAGUAACUCAGAGUGCUCAGUCUGGUGCAUGCAAGGAGCCCAUUACAGAUAGUUUACCAUCCUCACUACUGGAGACGGACUCCAUCCAGGAAGACAGUAUGACAGGACCUGGACCAGAGGCUGGAGAAAUUGUCUCCUUGCCAAUAGAAAGUGUGCCACUGACAGAAAAUUGCAUUGUGAAGCGAUCCAGAAUAUCCAGAGAUGUAGUGGUGUCGUCAGUGAGUGUGAUAGGUGACCCAGAAAACAACGCCCAUCAAGCAGCCUCGGCACCUAGCAAGGACAAACUAACAAAGGCAGCUUUGGUCUGUGGUGUCGGGAUUAGGAGAACUACAUUAACCUGUGAUAUACCUGAUACCAUGGACGUACAGGCAAUGAAUUUAGUCAAUGAAGCCUUGAGCUCAGACACUAGUAUUGAUAUUCUGAGUGAACAGAGUCAGGAUGAAGAACCAGAAAAUCCAUUUAUACCAUGUAUUCUUAUACAUGACAUACAGAAAGUAGUGGUGACUAGACCUAUAGUUAAGAAACUGAAAAGUGCGCCAGGUUCAGCCAAGAGCACUGUAUCGGAGAUGUACAUGCCACAGAUCAUGGAGGUGGAUGAGGAACCUGAAAUUAUUAACAUAAGUGAAGAAAAGCCCAUACCUGGUGGAAGUGGAACAACAAAUGAUACAGGCAAUGAAAACUGUCAUCCUCUUCAAAGUGGAAACCAAACAAGUAUCAAAAACUUGGACUUGAUGGAGGAUAGCAAAGAGGGUCGUGUGGUGCAGUGUGUGCCUCUUCCAGAGCCCGUGUCCAAGGCGGGAUUUAGUGUCACCCACAUACUCCCUGUGUCAGACAAUCAUCACCUGUUGGUAGUUGUAGCGCCAACACAAGUGGCUCAGAAACACGCCAGUCCAGAAACAACGACUCGCGACGGGAAAGUUUUGAAAGAGAAAAAAUCCAGUCAGAAGGAUAAGGCAGCUGGCGGGUGCAUUUUGCUGUAUAAAAUCAACUUUGACACACAAACUCCAACUUUAGAAACAGACCCACGAAAAAUAUUUUAUAUACCUGAUGCAAGGGACGCAGUGGUAGCAGUAUUGUCGUUGCCUUUAGAUAUAUCUUCAGCUCAAGAAGAGGAUGAGCUUAUCAAUAUGAAUAAUAAGGAAACUGUGACUAUACAUAAAAGCUACUCUGAGAACUUGCCAGGGCAGAUUGCUAUAUCUACGGAGAUGGGGAAGUUGAAGAUAAUAAGACUGUCUGACUUUAAGGUGCUUGAGUCAUUUGAAUCUUCAGAUGAAGGACAGAAGUUUGUUUCACUCACAUACUGUACAGGUAUGGAAAGACUGUGUGCCUGCACUGGACAUGGAAAACUUUCAUUCUUCCAAGUGGCUCCCAAAGAUCCUGAGUUCUCGGAGACAGACAUGGUGGAGCACAGCUCCCCAGUGAGGCCCUUCAGCCAGGAUAGUGUAGAUGGAUCCAUGGAUUGCUUACAGGGCUCUGGCAAUGAUUUGCUAGUGAAGCACCCACUGACAACAGAAGUAUUGAUGACACUGCAUGAAUUGACACAGUUUGAGAACUUGAUUCCCCGCUUCACAGCAACAGUUCCGCCCUGUUGGCAGGAAAUACAACAAGAACAGCAGCACCGGCGCCACCCUCAGCAUCUCCAACAACAGGGGGAGGCACUGCAGCACACCAGGAGCUGGAGAUUACAGCAUGAAAAAGGUAGCUGUGAUGAACAUUUAUUUGAGCUUGUCCUGCCCAGACCUUGCACUGUAGGCCAUGUGGACAUCAAGUUCAACCUCCUCAGUGUGUGCACCUCUCUACCCAAUAUACAGGUCACUCUCUUGAAGCAGAAUAUCACAGACAUAGGGCAGCAGGUGGUUGAAAAUUGUGACAUGGACAAAGGGAAAACUGAAGUGGACGAUAAGAUCAAUUUUAGCGUUGAGAAAGGAGGGGAGGGCUCCGUGCCAAAGGACACUGUAGGGGAGAAAGAUGACAAGGAUGUUCAGCUAAGUAGUGUCAAUAACGUUCAUGAUCCUGACUUUCUUGGAAAGCAUCAUGCUGAGAUACUGUGUGGUCCAGUGGACCUAGCGAGCCAUGUGGACCUCUCUGGGAAAUCUGGACUUAUCACCUUGACCAGCUCUAAGUUGCUGAAGGUCAAGUCAAGGUCUUUCUUGCUUCAUAUCAAAGCCCUGAAGGAAGAAAAGACUGAUGUAAGGAAUGCUCCAGUCACUCAGCAAGACAAAGAGGCAGACAAGAACUUCCACUCCAUUUGGGAUCAGUUUUUCUUUGGUGGAGCUCCCAGCAAGUCCAGUAAGUCAGGCCAGGCAGGGGAAACAUCAAAGCAGAAACUGGAAAACAUCAAGGGUUGUGACUGGCUGGCAGAGAUCUCUGUUACUAUUAGGAAGACAAAAAGAAAUACUGUUCCUAAAGACAGACUCCAGCGUUGCACCAUGCUGGAAAUGCCUGGUUUUCAUGAGCACCUGUUGCUGGCAGCUUGUGGAGCUGAUGAGGAGAGUAUUCCUAUCACUACUAGCCUAGAACACAGGCAGGUCAUGGCUCUGGACAUACUCUGCUGGAUUGCUGCCAUUCACAUUAGAGAAUCUGAGAAAAGAUUAGAGCAAAACAGCUUUGUGUUUACUGUGCAAUCUAACCUGGAAGGCCUGAUUAAGGCUUGCUUCAUUGAGGGAGGGAGAAGUAUUGCUCACAAGUGUGCCAAACUUGUAGCUCUGUGUCUGGAGUGUACAGAGUUGUCCUUGGAUCCUGACCUGGCCCCUGCCUUCAGCUUUGCCCUGCUGACAGCCCUGCUAAACUGUCUCCCAUUACUUCCACUGGUACACUCAGCAGGUGCUCUGCGCUGGUUCUUCACAGUGCUGAACAGAGUGAAGUUCAUGGAUAUCUCUCAGACUGGCCAGAUGGUGGCCGAGAUGCUCUCCUCUGCAGCCAAGCAGUACAGUUUACGGGUGACACCUUUAGAUGCCCUUCUGAAGUCAAGGUUUGGUCUUUAUGGUCACCCUUGUGAUCCUGAUCUGUUUGAUGUGGAAAUGCCCAUCCAGCAAUUGAAGCCCACACAACCAACAACAUAUGCAUCCAUGACUGGUGCUUCCACCAGCUCUUCUUCUUCUGGCAACUCUCCCCAGGGAUACGAAGAGGUAGACUUUCAGGACCUCAUCAACUUAGAUCCAGAUAAAACUAUCAAGUCUGGAACGCAGGGGUCUGAAAUGGGAGGCCAUACUAUAGUUAACAGUUUGUUAGAAGUAGAGCCUCUGCACUUCACUUGUCAUGCAACCAGUGAUGGAACUAGAAUGGAAAAGGCUGAUAUAACUACAGCAGGCACCAACAGUCUUUCCAACACCUCAGGGUUGUCUGGUACCAUCAACUUUGGUGACAGCUUGGCCACUGUGUCUGCAGCAGCAGCAGCAGCUGGGGCAGCCCUCCAGUCUCUCUCAACAGCCAUGGUGUCGGCUGAACAGCAUUUCUCACUCUCACAACACAAACAAGCACAGCUGCUCAAGGUGCAGCAACAGACACUGAAACUGAAGCAGAAACUGGCAGAGACUCAGAAGUCCGUAGCCGCUGCCUCUGCGCAGCCCCAGAUUGAUAUCUUUCCCCCCACGCCCACGCCGAAGACUACCCCUUUGUUUAUGACACCACCAGUCACACCACCAAAUGAGGCAUACUUGGCAGAAAAACUGGCCAGUAAUGGUGUUGGCCCUCAGAGUGACCAGAAAAUAGGAGGGAAGAAUGUCAUUAAAGUCUCUAGUGGCAAACCAGACAACAAUUUCUCAGGAGGCCAGAAAACCUCAUCCCAUUUGUCCUCUGGUCACCAGCUCCUCCACCCUGCCUCGCAGCACGUCCUGGUCAUAGAACGCAUGCACUCAGGAGCACGGAGAUUCGUAGUGUUAGACUUUGGUAAACCCAUACUGCUCACAGAUGUGGUAAUUCCAGCUUGUGGAGAUUUAGCUUCUCUGUCCAUAGACGUGUGGAUCCACGGAGAGGAGAUUGAUGGCAUGAGACUGGUGAUAGCCUCAGAUAUUGGGUUGAGGUCUUUAAUCAUGAAUGACCUUUCACCACCACCUCUCUGUAGGUACUUGAAGAUCACCACAGUGGGCAGAUAUGGCGGCAACACCCCCAGGUGUACCUCUAGGUCUCGCAUACCCAUAGGAACUUUCUACGGACACAGUUUUAUUUUACCGUGGGAGUACAGUUUGGAUUCAGUUCCCUCUGUUGUAGCCAGUGAACUCUCUACUCUCAAUCAACCAUUGACUGUAGACCAGUCAGAAAUUUUGUCUCAGCUUAGCAUGUUUAUAACCCUUCAAGAAGAUAUUCAGUGUAGGUAUAGCCUGGCCUGCACUAGGUUACAGUCACUGGUAGCCUCCUUGGAUCUUCCUCCCAUGGUCAGUGGCCAUGCAAAGUACUAUUUAAGAAAGGGAAAGAAAGUGGAGGAAGAUGCUAGAAUACUUCAGGCAUAUAAUGACUGUACGCAGCUACAGCUUCAGUUGAACCUGGCCCAGAGAGCCAUAGAGAGACUACAGAAGGCCUUAGGGAUGAAGCAGUCCAGGCCUGCAGCAUCCAGUAAUACUAAUACAGUACUGAGACAGGUGUCUACAGACAAGCUGCGUGUCCUCACAGAGCUGCUCCUAGACUGCUUGCUCAGUAUGACCAGGUCCAAGCCAACCAUCCCUCAUCCUCCAUUGUCACUGUACAGGAACUUUAACCCACAGACGUGUGAAGCUCUGUUCAAGCACAUCUGUGUGUUUGGAACACGCCGCAUGCAGAUCCAUGCAGGGUUGUUGUUGGUGCGUGUAGGAGGGAGGCAGAGCUGGUGGGGCCAGUUUUUAGGGAAUAUGCUCCAGCAGCUGUUCAGCUCCGACCUUACAGCUGUAUUUCCACAGGACAGAAUAUUUGUACUGCUGACAGCUCUGGGACAGAAGGCACUUACCAGUACCUCAGCCAGCAAUGUGUUGGAGAGUUUGCUGACAUUGCUGGGCAAGAUUCUCUCUCCUCUUCUACACUCACAGGGAGAGUACUACAGAAACAGCCAAGGUUCUUUGGAUAUGGAUUUAGUUGGCUGGGUGCUGCUGUUCUUGUCCAGAACUAUGGAUGCUGCUGGUAGCAGUAACAAUGGUGGCAGUCAUAAUGGGGGCAGUAAUGGUAAACCAGGUGAUGGAGGAAGUGAUGAGGGCACCAAAGGUUCUGCAGGGGCAGAGAACGAUGAUGCUGGAAAAGAAAAUGGCACCAUGUUGUCAGCACGCUGGGACUUCAUCCAGGGAGACACGGCCAUGGAGCAUGCAGACUUCAAACCCACACCCAGGUUCAGGACAAAGCUGUACAGACGGCAGCUGGCUAAGAGGCUAAUGCAUCAUAAGUCUAAACUAAUAGAGCUUCAGAAAGCCAAGAAAGAGUUCCUUGCCACCCAGGUGGCUGCAGCAGCUGUUUCCAAAGAGGCAGAAGUCUUAGUCAAACAGCAGGAACAGGAGUUCAUAAAGGAAUUGAAGAAAUACUCAUCUAAGCACUUCAAGGACAUCAUGCAGAUCAGGAGAAUAGAUGCAGAGGUGCUGAGAAAGAAGCCAAAGGAUGACAGCAAUGGUGUGAGGGGAGACCAGGAUGGCCAUGACACAGAGAACUCUAUGGUGUUACCUAGGGAGAGAUGUCUCCCUGUAGUCAGGGGUCUCAUAGCCCUAUUACUGUCCAUGGAUUUCACAUGCAAUGUUGACCUGUUCCUGAUUGCAUGCAAGGUUGUUGCACGUAUUACCAACUCAACACGCCCAGCCAUCACUCUGUCAGAGGCUAUGACCCAGGAACAGCUAGAGCAGCUAUUGUUACUAUGUAGCAAUCUAGAACAUAACCAUGGCAACCUGACCUGGGGAGGACCUUGGUCUGGACACGCCAUUACCUGCAUGAUACAGGAUGUUCUAGAUGGUGAGCGUCUGUACCCACCAGGAGAUGGUGGCUCCUCCAGUAUGACAGAGGAGGAGUUGUCAGCUGCCAUGACAGAGACUGAUGACUCCAUACACCACAGUGCCAGUCUACCACAGAUAGAUGACAGUGGCAGCAGUGGACCAGGUGGGCCAGGAGCAGACAUGGUGGAGGCAUACCCCGUUCCAUCUGAGCCUAUCCCUGUAGUGGGCACAAUAGAGGAAAUCCCCAUGGAUAUUUCUGAAGACCAGGGGUUCUCCCUCACCUAUGAUGAUCUCUAUGGACCAGGGUACAGUGAGCCUGUUACCCCACCAGAGUUACUACCCCCCAUGCCUAUGCCUCCCCUAGAGGGAGAUGCCACGCCCCCAGAAGUAGGAUCCCUGCAGGAUGAUGGGUACAAAAUAUUAUUUGAUAGUGCUGGAAAAGCCUUGAGCCUGGGUAUGUUCAAGAACAUGAUGGAAGGGAACAAAAAGAAUGUCAAAGUAUCAAAAAUAAAGAUGUCAACAAAUUUAAACAGAAUGAAGAAAGGGAAAGAUUGGCUGUCGGGUCCAGACCCCCGCCUUGGAGCCAUGACCAAGGGGACAUCUGCCGCAAUGGAUGCCAGACUGGAGUUCCGUGUAGACUGGAAUGCUGAGCUUAAACUCAGGGUGAUGCAGUCUCUGGAGGCAGAAUCUGUUCAGAGUGCCAUCUCCUCUGUCAUCCCCCCUGCUCCCCAGCUGCCAUUCCCCCAGAGCACAGUUCAGAACACACGGGCUGUGUCCACAGAUGAUGAACAGCUCUCAGAGACCAGCUUUUAUGGAGAAUAUCAGAAUGUUCCAUCCAAUGACAUGUUGAGCCAGUGUUUUGACAACCUCUUCAUGCAGCUGUACCGUCACCGUGUCAACCUGGACACCAUCCUUCAGCUCUGGCUCAUCUUCAAUGACGACAGCUCUCAGGAGGAGACCACUCAGUCAACCUUUGACCCCAGCCGUGUUCCCAUGAUCCCUCUGAGCCAGGCUGCAGUGGCUAGCCUGCUGACAGCUCUGGCCUAUGAGCCCAAUGUCCCAGUCAGGACAUGGACCCUGUUCUUCCAGGUGUUAACACUGUUGAUGAAUGUGAAGCACCACAGGGAACUGGAAGCUACGGCACCUGCCCUGCCAGCAGAGAGGUGGCUUGCCUCUGUAGUGGUCACAGACGAUCACCUAAUGCCUGUGUUGAUUAAGUUUUUAACUGGAGUGUCUUACCAGGGUCCUGUGCUGUCCAAUCUGCAGGAUACUCAGGUGGGUCCUUUUGCCACCAAAAUGUUCCAUGAAUUUUUGGUACGGCUCCAAUUACGCACAGCUGAGGAUAAUGAAAAACACUUGAAGGAGCUGAUGCUGAAGUUAGUGUACAUGCUUACAACAGAGAGAGGUGCUUUCCACUGUGGCCAUGGUCCACUGGAUGCCCAGUGCAAGCUGCUGGACUAUGUGCUUGACCAGCAGUAUGACAGUGUGGACAUCAGCAAUGCCAUCAGUGUUAUAGAGUCCAUCAGUGUCCUGGUCCACCAUCACAUCCUCAGUCAGGAGAGGGUACUGUGUAAGAGCCAAUCAGACGGAGGGGUCAGUGCGAGGUCGUGUUUUGGUGGGUUAUUUUCCAGUCUCUUGAGACCAGGGGACUCUAAGUCAAUGGUGGGAGAGGCCAACCGUGAUGUGCUGAUGUGUAGCCUGUUGAAACUGGUCAAUAAACUGAUACAGGUUGUGCUGCCAGGACGGAACUCUAGGGGAAGUACAACAGAGGAGGAGCCUAUGGAUGUCAUUGAAGAACCGCUGACAGACUCCAGUAAGCUGAGUCAAUCUAGAGCAGGUAAUAACACAACAGUUUUAGAGGGUGCUAGACCCAUAGAAGCGUGGUCCAAGUCCGAUGAAGAGAAAAGCUCAGAGACUGAUGAACAGAAAACUGAGACUGCCUCCUCUCAGGCUAACACACCUACAGCUCCACAGCCAAAGAAAGCAUGCUCCCAUGGCCCUGAUAUGAACAGGAAGGAACACACCCUAUCAGAUGUCAUUCUGACACAUGAGAAAAUAAUGACUCACUUGUUGGAAGCUUUGAGUUUCUGUAACAGCAGCACCAUGGCCACCAUCUUGUGUACCUCUGGACUGCAGGGGAGUAUGCAGGACACAUUCACGGGGCUGGACGUGCUCUCAGUGGGAGAUGGAAUAUUUCAGAUCCUGUGCACACUGAACAAGAAGGCCACAGAUAUGCAGUUAAUAGUGGGACCCAUGUACAAGUACCUGUCAUCUGGGUUCAGAGGAACUGGUGCACACUCCAUUUGCAAGCUCUCUGAGCCCUUGCUCUGGUUCAUUCUAAGAGUGCUGGACUGUGAUAAAGCUCUAAGUAAAUUCCUGGAAUUUGGAGGUGUAGAAGUGAUCUGCAGGAAUUUGGUCCAGAGUAACAGGCGUGUGAUCAGCACAGGUCCCAGUCUCAUCUCCACCAUCAUGCAGUACCUGGGCAGCAGUAAAAUGGCCAGCUACAACCUGUCCAAGUCAAGAGGAAGCACAGACACUGAGGCUGCUGAGGGAUUACAGAACUUUGCUCCUUUAGGUUCCAUCAGUUCCAGCAGUCCUACAGCCAGUCCAGCCGAGGUGCUGGUCCAGGCGUCUCCACCACACAGGAGAGCCCGGUCAGCAGCCUGGUCCUACCAUUACUACCCUGAUGAAGCCUGGGUUGAUCUUACCAUACAGCUCCCAUGUGCUGUACUGCUGAAAGAAGUACAGAUACAGCCACAUUUAACUUCCCUAGCUACAUGUCCUGCAGCAGUAUCUGUAGAGGUCAGUAGAGACGUAAUGCAGAGUGUCCCCAUCAGUCCACCAGUGGUCACUAGUGGACUGACCUUCAUCAAAAUACAGCUCCUUAAGCCCGAGGUAGCCACAGCAGUGACCAUCCGACUUCACAAGCCAAAGGACUCCACCACAGUUGGGCUGUCGCAAAUUCUACUGAUGGGGUAUACAGCAUUUGGUGACAGCAGCUACAGGAACCCUAAUGUCUUUGCUCCCUCUGAGGAUUUUGUUUCAAGAACUAGUAUUGGUUGGCUGCGCCUGCUUCACCACUGCCUGUCUCAUGUGGAGGCCAUGGCUGAACCCAUCGCUGCUGCUGCUGCCCCCACACCUCACCUCCUCAGCACAUGUACUGCACUGCUGGUCACCCCGGCUACCAGUAUAUACUCCUCAAAUAUAGAGGCAGUGCUGCUCAAGAUAGGCUUACACAGCACUGACAUGGGAUUAGCCCUUCUUGACAACUUACUCAGAAAUACAGUCUCUGGUGAACAAGACCAGAGUCUUCUACAUGGUAAAGUCAAUGGAGUUGCUAACGAUUCCACAAUCGACAUCAUCUAUCAGUUGUGUAUGACACAAGAUGCAGGUACAGCAGAAAGGAUCAGGGCACUUGUUGAUUGGCUAGGAGACACAGCCAGAGUAGCUCUGCAGAAAAUUGGCAAUAUCUCAGAUGAUGGGUAUCGUCCCUCACCCAGGGACACUCUAACCCUGACUGCAGAGGGGUUGCCCAACCCUGCCCCUGCUCACAUCCACUGCAUUGCCUCUGUGUUUUGGCACAGCCAAGAGCUUACUUUGAAUUACAAUCUGGGGGACAUUUUGACCAAGGAGCUUUUAAGCUCUUUGUACGAGUGGUCUGCUGUUCUUCCUGCCUCCUCCACUCUGAAGACUGCAGUGGACUCUGUGAUCUGCUCAGCCUGCUACAUACACCCCGAGUACUUCAGCUGCCUCAUGGAGUGGAUGGGGAUCAUAGUCAGCAUGGAGAUGUCUGUGACAGAUGACUUCAAAGAUGUCACCCAGUCACAGCAGAACCAGGAAUCCAUGACUGAUGACUCCAAGGAAGCUAGUAAUGUAUUCAGUCUAGACAUUGAGCAGACUACUGUACAUCAACCAAUGACGUUACAGGAUUUGGGUCACAUGAUCUUAGAUGAGGUUCACCUAGCAACACUUGGUGUGGCCUGUCAGUCUGAAAGUGCAGUGCGGCAGCUUCUAGAGUCCGGAUUCCCAGCUAUGUUGGCCCAGGCAAUGUAUGAGUUUUGUAAUAAAGAGCUUGGACGAUACAGUGACUCUUUGUCUUUCUCUGAAAAGACAACUGACUCUGUCAAAACUAAUAACUUGAAGAAAGGUUCUCGAAGGAAAGAAAGUGUGGAAUCUCUAGCAUCAGACAAAGGCAUAUGUUUGACAGCAGACCUGGUAGCUCCAGUCCUCCAUUUCUUUACCACGGUGACCCAGGAGUCCGUGAUGAAGGACUGGCUGGGGGAUAAUGAGGGCAAUAUUUUCUGGAGUGUGUUACUGAACAUGCUGUGUAACACACCUGCUCAGACAGCACUACUGGAUGCCUGUACUACCAACAGGUGCAAGGUCAUGUCAGGACACCAGAGGGCCGCCAUAGAGAGUGCUGCUGUAGUAUUCUUCACCAAAGUGGUCACCUGUCACUCCACAAACCAGAAGUUAUUUGCCCAGGUGUUGUGUGAUGUUAUCAAAGGACAGGGAUCACCACAUGCAGUACUUAAUCAGGGCAACCUGCCACUGUCAGGUUUUACACGGCGCCUUUUCCUGCAAGUGUUACUGGAGGAUGAAAAGAUCCUGGUGGCAUUCAAGUCCUCGUCAUCUCUGUACAAGGGCACCAGUAAUGCCUCCACCAGUGUACUGCAGCAUCCCAAGUUUGGAGCAGGGCACAAGUUCCGCACCAUGGAGCUCAGCUUGCAGAUGACAUGUGGAGAGGUCCUGUCUAAAGUUUCAGAUCCUAAUCAAGUAGGAGAACUAGUGAAACAUCCAAGUGAGCCUGAGGGAGAAACCAUCCCAGAUGAGGUCUUAUUACAGACCCCCAGCUAUCCCUCUGCCCUGCAGGUUUUUGCCAGUGUCGGGGGUCUUGCUCUGUUAGCAGAACAUCUGCCACUGCUUUACCCAGAGAUCUCACGCCAUGUGUCGCCAACAGAGGGCAACAGAGAUGCUAGCUCCAAUAGCCUUGGACAUGAUUGGGUUACCAUUGAAGGGGAUGAUAUAUUUGAAGAUGAUAUUUAUGAACCUAUAUCACACAGCCAGCCAUCUCAGUCAUCUCGUCAGAACACUUUCAGCCACCCGUCAGUACCCCCUCACUCCAUGGUGGCCUUUGGUCUGUUCCUGAGGCUGCCUGGCUAUGCUGAGGUCCUGCUGAAGGAGAGGAAGAGGGCCCAGUGUCUGCUUAGGCUGGUACUAGGAGUGACAGAUGAUGGGGAUGGAGGUCACAUUCUAAGUUCUUCCAUGGCUGGCUCCCUGCCAACUCUCCCAUUCCAUGUGCUGAGGACACUGUUUGCUGCCCAACCUCUGACUACAGAUGAUGGGGUGGUGUUACGGCGCAUGACACUGGAGAUAGGAGCUUUACAUUUAAUCCUGGCUUGCCUCUCUGUGCUGAGUCACCAUGGUCCAAGGGAACCAUUGCCUGGCUUUCAUCAAGAGCCGAGGAUUUCUGCUACCCAGGUCGCCUCCUGUGUAGUUGCUCAGCCACAGCCACCACAACCACCAUUUAAACUGAUCCAGGCCGCUACUUCCAUGUCCAACUGGAGUCAGCUCCAGAGCAGCAGCAGCAGCAGCAGUGUCCAGGCCCCGGUGAACUCUGUUGGGGAUGAGAAGAGCCAGCACUACUGGGCCAAGGGGACUGGGUUUGGGACAGGGUCCACUACCUCAAGCUGGGAUGCUGAACAGGCACUGCUUAGACAGAAAAGUGAAGAGGAACAUGUCACGUAUCUACUGCAGGUAUUAGCUAGUUAUAUCAACCCAGGAGGUGCAGUGCCCAAGGACUUUGAAUCCCCAGAGUACCCCAGCACUGCUGAGAAAAUGGCUCUCCCAGCCAAUGUACCAGAGCUGCUCAGCCAGUCCUGUCUUGUUCCAGCCAUUUCUUCAUAUCUCAGGAACGAUUCAGUAUUAGACAUGGCCCGCCAUGUGCCCCUGUACAAAUCAUUACUGGAGCUGUUGCGUGCCAUAGCUGUGUGUCCUCUCCUAGUGCCUUUACUGCUGCCACUGGACAAAGAGGAAGGGGCUGAGGCCUCGGUGGAGACAUUACUGGAGAAGAUGAAAGCCUGUGUGGACACAUAUGCAAGCAGACUCAACUGUAAUUCCAAAGGCAAGACUAAGAGUCGACGAGAGGAUGAUGAUGAGUCAGAGGGGCUGGCCCUGUUGAUACCUGACAUCCAAGAGACGGCAAGGAUGACCAAAAUAGCUACUGACAGGAUCAAAGAUGAGACAGAACCAGGAGAACAGCAGACAAGCACUGAAGAGUCCAGAGGGGCAAUGAAAGAUAGCACAACAUCAGAUGCAAACUACAUGGAGAUCAUGAAAGAGCUGCAAUUUGACACACACCAACUACUCACAGAUGAAAGUGGCACUCUGAAAUUCCUGUCUCCCCAUCAUUACGAGUCCAAUGUGAGAUCUGCCGGAGAAAUCAACAAUCCUGCUCGCUCUCGUCGCCUGGCACAGGAGGCAGUCACGCUGUCCACCUCUCUGCCUCUGUCUGCUAGCAGCAGUGUGUUUGUCAGGUGUGAUGAAGAAAGACUGGAUAUUAUGAAGGUGUUGAUAACUGGGCCAGCAGAUACACCAUAUGCCAAUGGCUGCUUUGAGUUUGAUGUGUACUUCCCACAAGACUAUCCAAACUCUCCUCCACUCAUUAACCUGGAGACCACUGGCAACCACAUAGUUCGAUUUAAUCCCAAUUUAUACAAUGAUGGCAAGGUUUGUCUUAGUGUUCUUAACACUUGGCAUGGGAGACCAGAGGAAAAGUGGAAUUCACAGACAUCAAGCUUCUUACAGGUUUUGGUAUCCAUCCAAUCUCUUAUCUUAGUCUCUGAGCCAUACUUCAAUGAGCCAGGUUAUGAGAGAUCUCGUGGCACCCCUUCAGGCACAGCCAGCUCUAGAGAGUAUGAUGCCAACAUCAGACAAGCCACAGUCAAAUGGGCCAUGCUGGAGAUGCUGAAGAACCCUACUCCUUGUCUCAAAGAGGUGAUUCACAAACAUUUUUGGUUAAAGAGGAGAGAGAUCACAGCCCAGGUGGAAGAAUGGAUCCAGGAAAUGGAGAGCUACAGUGGUGAUAAGAGGACUGGCAGGGCCAUUGCUCUCAGUAAUGUGGCCCUCAAGAGGCACUUUGCACAGUUAAAAGAGGAAUUUGCCAAAAUGAAACCACCAGAGGGGUUGGAAGAAGAAGAACCAGAACAAAAUACUCUCCAUGGAAAUCCACCAGAAACAACAAACUCAAACCACAACGGUGUGGAAGCAUUGCCACAUUCAAGUAAUGGCAUUGACAGUUACAACUCUGCAGAUAGCACAACCAAAAAGACCACCACCAGCAAUAUGAUAGUCCAUAACUCUACCAUGAUGCAGGAUGUGACAGAGAAUGGAGUGAACAAUAACAGUAUUCAUGCAGAGGAUCAGAACCCACCUCACCUAUCCCAACAUGAUGGGGUGAUAGACUUGGUCUGUAAUGGUGAGGACGAAGAGGACGAGGAUGCUGAUGAGGAUUUGCUGGAAAUGAUGUGAUGUUUUAGUGACUUUUAUGAGGUGGUGUUGUUUUUGUUUUUUUUCACUGAAAAGCAAGGUUGAGAAAGAGUACCACUGGCAUACAAGUGGGAAAAGGUUGAUAAUAAGUGAAAAUAUUAUCAAAGAUGCUGAUCUCAGCCAUAAAGGAUAAUGAAUUUGACAAGUUGACAAAAAAGAAUUGUUGCUUAAAUAGGUUAAGCGACAUUCUGACAGUGAUUAUGAUCAAUUUUAAGGCAUCAGAAUGAAAAAAAAGCAAUGAAAAAAACAGUUUAAUUUGGGAAAUGUCUUCAGUGAUGUGAGACAUAAAUGAAGUGACUAACUGUAGUGCAUAUUUAGCUAUGGAUCUGUGAUUCUGAAUAUGGAACACUUUUAUUAUACAGAGCUAUCAUUUUUGUCAAACUGAUUGACAAGACCUAUAGACUUGUUUUGGGCAUGUCCAACUUCUUAAUUAUGUCAGACUAUAAGUGUUGAACAUGACAUGAUUUUGUUGGAACUACCAGUGCAAUUUAGCAUGUGGGAUGCACAUGCUGUUUUUUGUUAUUUUUUAAUCGGAAAACAUAAGAGGUAAAAAAUACAUCAAGCUUAAGCAAUCAUACCAUUAAUUAUCAACAAGUUUAAAAAGUGCUUUAAAAUGCAUUUCUUUAUUCAAAUGUUCAAGGCAAAGCCCUUUGUUUACAGCGUUGUAAAACUCAUUAAAAAUUACUUGACACAAGAGCAUGGGACAAGGAGAUUUGCCCACGAUUGAAAAAUUAAGACGUGCAUAAGAAAAUCUUGACUAAGAAAUAAUGGAUAUGCUUACAAGCAUAUCAUUUAUUCGUAAUGUGAAUGACAUUAAUAAUACCUUUAGUUAAAAUAGGAGUAUACAAAUAUCCCCCAAUUAUAAAAGGGAAAGAAGAUCUUUUGUUGUAGAUAAUGUGUUAGAAAUUGUAUACAGUUUCAUACACUUAUAUCUUAGGAGAAAAUGAGAUUUCAAACACUAAGAAUUUGUUUCAGUACAGGUUUGAACUUGGGUUAUAUUGGAUUAAUUUAAUGUAAGAAAAAGGGCAUUUGUAGGUAUGGAUGUAAAUUUGUACAUGUAAUUAUUGUACUUAUCACAAUUUGGACAUAAAUGUUGAAACUGCUUCAAAUUCUGACAUGCUGCGUCUUAUUUUACUUUCACUUUACAUAUUUAAUUAUACAUUAACAUUUUAAGGCAAAUCAAAAUCACUUACAUCACAUUU